UAAAUAUUAAAUGUUGAGCUCGGAGCAGCGGCGGCGCGGGCUUCCGCUGUCCCCUGGCUGAGGACCUUCCGCUCCCCCUCGGUCCCGCGCGGGCUCCGAAUCCUGUCCGCGGCAGGGGCCAGCGGCCCCUCCCCUCCCCUCCGAGGAUAGAAGAUGAGCUUCCUCUUUAGUAGCCGCUCUUCUAAAACAUUCAAACCAAAGAAGAAUAUCCCUGAAGGAUCUCAUCAGUAUGAACUCUUAAAACAUGCAGAAGCAACUCUAGGAAGUGGGAAUCUGAGACAAGCGGUUAUGUUGCCAGAGGGAGAGGCCCUCAAUGAAUGGAUUGCGGUUAACACUGUGGAUUUCUUCAACCAGAUCAACAUGUUAUAUGGAACUAUCACAGAAUUCUGCACUGAAGCAAGCUGUCCAGUCAUGUCUGCAGGUCCAAGAUAUGAAUAUCAUUGGGCAGAUGGUACUAAUAUUAAAAAGCCAAUCAAAUGUUCUGCACCAAAAUACAUUGACUAUUUGAUGACUUGGGUUCAGGAUCAACUUGAUGAUGAAACUCUUUUUCCUUCUAAAAUUGGUGUCCCAUUUCCUAAAAACUUCAUGUCUGUGGCAAAGACCAUUCUAAAGUGUCUGUUCAGGGUUUAUGCCCAUAUUUAUCACCAGCACUUUGAUUCUGUGAUGCAGCUGCAGGAGGAGGCCCACCUCAACACCUCCUUUAAGCACUUUAUUUUCUUUGUUCAGGAGUUUAAUCUGAUUGAUAGGCAUGAGUUGGCACCUCUUCAGGAAUUAAUUGAGAAGCUUGGAUCGAAAGACAGAUAAAUUUUUCUUCUAGAACAGUUACCCUCUUGCUUCAUCUACUGCUAAAGCUAUCUCGUUGCUUUCUGUUAUAGACUAGUGAUACAAACUUUAAGAAAACAAGAUAAAAAGACACCUAUUGUCUGUGUCUACUGAUAAAAUUGUCCCAAAGGUAGGUUGGCCUAAUACCUCCAGAGUGAGAAAUUCAGGACACAGCUGAAUCUGAGGCACUGUGUGACCACUGCAGUUACUGCCAUAGAGCCAUACUUGGUUGUAGAAUGUGAGGACUAACCUGUAGUUUAUUAAUUUACUUAUUCUUUUACUGAAGAAGAUGAUUGACUCUGUUUCAGGUGACAGCAUGAUGGAUAUUAAGAAUUUCCAAUAAUUUAUUAUCAGGUUUCCAGAACAAAUUUCCUAAUAAUGCAAUCACAGAUCAGUUUUAUUCUGCUUUUAUUUUACAAAUAGAAGAGGUGUUCUAAAAUUUCCUUAAGAUUUAGAACAUUUGUGUCACUUUGGAUAACCUUGUAGUUUGAAGUUUGUAUGCUAGUGUUUUUAUAGGUAAGAUUAU